AUGGGCGACAAAAACGCCACGGAUAUCCUCCGCCGACCCCUCUACGUGUACGACCUCCCGGCGGAAGUCCUGACGACACUCUCCCUCAAGCCAGACGCCGCGAUCCCCGACCAGUCGCCUUCCUCUCCCCCGUCCAAAGAUACAUCCGGCUCUGAUCUCGUUGGCUCUCAGGCCUGCUCGCUCUGCGGGCUUACCUUCUCCACGGUCCUUGACCAGCGUAGCCAUCAAAAGUCUGACUGGCAUCACUACAACCUCAAACAAAAGCUGCGCGGCGCGAAGCCUGUGACGGAGCAAGAGUUCGAGAAACUCAUUGGAGAUCUCGACGAGAGUCUCUCAGGCUCAGACUCCUCCGAAUCAGAAGACGAAGCAAACGACCAAGAAUCCACACUUACAGCAUUGCUGAAGAAGCAAGCUAGACUAGCCGACCAGAGGAAUUCAUCCGUUCCAGGAGAAAACGCCGACGAUGACGAGGUGGGAGGACGGCCCGGAAAAGGCAAACCGCCACUGAUAUGGUUCACCUCCCCGGUUCUUCCGCCAAAUACAUACUUUGGUCUCUACCGUGCGAUCCUUUCAGGAGAAGAGCUUCGAGAUGAAUCAAAGCUGGUAGAGGUGGUGAGGAAGAAGCAGCUAGAUCCCAUAGCCAUCCCUAGAGUGCCCAAAGACGGCUCUGCGCCGUUACCAGCUGUGGCUUACAAGGGACCGCACUUCUUUCUCUGCAUGAUUGGCGGCGGUCACUUUGCCGCCAUGGUCGUUGCCCUUCCGCCACGACAGAACAAGUCUGCGGGCGCCCUCAACAGAGAGGCUACCGUCCUCGCCCACAAGACUUUCCAUCGGUACACUACUCGUCGCAAGCAAGGUGGAUCGCAAUCAGCAAACGAUAAUGCAAAGGGCGCCGCACACUCAGCGGGCUCCAGCUUGCGUCGUUACAACGAGCAGGCUCUGGUCGAAGACGUACGAGAGUUGCUACGGGAGUGGAAGGGAUUGCUGGAUACCUCAGAGUUACUGUUCAUCCGGGCUACCGGCGCAACCAACCGACGCACAUUGUUCGGUCCAUAUGACGGACAAGUCUUGAAACACAAUGAUACGAGACUACGGGGGUUCCCUUUCAGCACGCGGCGAGCUACCCAAAACGAGCUGAUGAGAUCAUUCAUUGAGCUCACGAGGCUCAAAGUCAGAGAGAUCAACCCUGAGGACGAGGCAAAGCCCCGGACAGAGACACCGACACCUAGCAAAACACCAACGCCGAAGCCGACGAAACCAAAGUUGACGGAGGAGGAAGAGACGGCGUUGCUUCACACGUCGCAGAUCCAAGCUCUGAUACGCCGCACCAAGCUCCCUGCUCUGUUGUCCUACCUGAAACAAAACGACCUCGUGCCAGACUUUCAAUUCCAGCCUCCCGACCAAAAUUAUCAUUCUCCAACACCACUCCACCUCGCAGCACACCAGAACGCUGCGCCUCUAGUCCUUGGUCUCCUCACUCGGGGUGGCGCAUCGCCGCUGGUCACGAACAAGGACGGCAAGACGGCCUUUGACCUUGCGGGAGACAGGUCUACUAGAGACGCCUUCCGAGUCGCACGCUCGGAGCUGGGCGAGGAAAAGUGGGAUUGGGACACGGCACAUGUACCGGCACCACUGAGCAAAGCAGAUGCCGACAAACGGGAGGAACGAGAGCGCAAGGAAAAAGACAGCAAAGAGGCCGAACGCCGGAAAGCCGAGGAGGAACGGCUGCGCUCCGAAGGGCCCAAGGUUGACGACAAGAGAAGGAAGGCUGCCGGCCUGGCAUCGGCGCAGCCUAACAAGUCAGCACAGGAGAAGAGGGAAGAAGAGGCUAGGGGGCUGACGCCUGAGAUGCGGAUGAAGCUGGAUCGGGAGAGGCGAGCCAGGGCUGCCGAGGAGAGACUCAGGCGUAUGCAGGCGGGCGGAUGA